AGGUGUGGUGGAGAGGGAGGGGUCCUUAAAUCCAGAGUCACAAGAGCUAUGAAAAAUAAUGAAGCGAUUGAAGAAAAUGCAUUGGCUUUCUUCACGCUCUGCAAAGAAAACCUGGAAAAGGAGACAGAGGUAGGGGAAAGUGUCUUCACAAAAGACAACACAUGUUCUUUGUUCAUUCAGAAGAGAUCAGAAGACCGCGACCUGAGAUAAAUGUUAAGACUGUCUCUGGAACUCAAAAGAUGCAUUCGGUGGUUGGCGUCAGUCAUGACAUACUGAAAACAAGGCGUCUCUCCUGUUUCUGUCAAGAAUGUCUCAACGGGGACCCAGACAAAUGUGAACAGACGUUGUAUGUAGAUGAAUGGAAAACAAUUUGCCUGAAGUAUAUUAAACCUCCGGUUGUGCAAGAAGAGCAUUCAAGUAAUGAUCUAGACAUCUGUUCAGGUUUUGAUGACCAUCGUCUAGUGGAUCAAGAAAUAGAACAAGAAGGAGAUCAGUCAUGUGGUGAUAUUGACCAGCCCUCUUGUCAAAGUAACAAACUACUGUCUGGGAAGAGAAAAGAGAAUGAGGAGCGAUUUGGCAAAGAGAGAAGGAAAUGGGACACUUUAGAUCAAAUAGAUGCAAAAUAUCAUAAUCAUGAAAGACAACCUGUGAUUAAAACUGUGGAAAGGAACCAGCAUAUUCGCAAGAAGUAUUUCAGUGAUCUGAUCGAUUCAUUGCAUGGCUGUAAAUCCUUUGAAGAACUCCAAACAAUAAGCAAAUCAGAAAGUGCAUUUAUAGAUGAGAGGUUUCCACUAUUACUUGAUGGAAAUAUUUUUUUAACAGAAAGUUUAUCUGGUAUCCUGUCUGGUAAGAACCCAAAUAUUAUGUCUGACAAAAACCCAGGGUACAUGUACUUUGCAUGAUAAAAACUCAGGUCCCACACCAUAUGAAGGAAGGGGUUCUAUGACUGACAAGAAACCAAACAUCAUAUCUGACCAAACCCUACCUGGGGCAUUUGACGAAAACCGAGUCUCCACAUUUGAUCAGAACCAAUCCCCUGUAUGACCAAAACCCAGGUACAAAGUCUGACAACAACUUAGCUACCACAUUUGAAAAAAAAACAAUAUUUCAGUACCAUGUCUGACCAGGACACAUUUACCUUUCUUGGCAACUUCAUGUGAGAAAGAUGGAGUUGUCAUUCCAACAUUGCUGUAUGCAUCUGAGACAUGGGCCACAACCAGGAAACAUGAGCAACGACUAGACGCAUUCGAUUUCAGAUGUCUUAGAAUUAUCCUGAAGACCAAAUGGUGGGAACGAAGGCGCAACAGUGACAUUCGAGAGCUCACAGAUCAACCAUAUGCCUCAACACUACUCAUGAGGAAUCGGCUGAGAUGGUUUGGUCACAUGUCGAGGAUGGGAGACGAAAGAUUCCCUAAGCGAAUGUACGAGUGGGACCCUACAUCGGUCGGAGGCAGACGAAAACAAGGACGACAACGGCAGAGAUGGCGAGACACGCUGGCAAGAAACUUUACAACUGCGGGUCUAACAUAUCAGGAGGCCGAAAAUAUAGCCAAAGACCGUGUGACAUGGAGGGAUACCAUAGCGGUACUGAUGUGAUAACAAUCACUAACAGUAUCCAGUGAGUGAGUAAGUGAGUGAUGGUUCUGGAU